CCUUGAAAAAAUACAUAUUAAAUUAUGUAUUUGUUCCCGCCUUAUUGCUUAAUGCUUUUGUUGUGUUUUGUAACGGUCAUUAACGGUGUUUACUGUGCUACUAUUGUUUACCGUUUACGCAUUAUUGUCGUGUACAAUUAACGAUUAUGUCAGUUUUUCUAAUGUCAAUAUUGAACUUAAAUACUAGAGUUUUGGGUAUUCGUUCCUUCGACAGAAUUAUCCAAAUUGAUUGUAACAAGAUCUGUCUAUCUGCAAUUUGCCUGCGAUACACCUGCGAUUCACUUGCGAUUUACCUACGAUUUACCUGCGAUUAAAACUUUGAACAUAGUUCAUACCAAAAACCCAGCUCGUGCUUUUGCAUUUUAUUUUUAAAACGUUUUUGUUGUUUUGUUUUUACUUAUUAAUUUUGUUUUAAAUUUCUUACCUAUUAUAACAUAACUAUUCUUUUUUUUUUUUUGUAUUUUUGGUGUUCUGAUUCUAGUUAUAUAUUAAUAAUAAUGAACAACGAGGAAGUAUUUGCUCUCCCAGAUCAUUUGGUUGACCAUGACUACUUCCUGCCAGUUGUAUAUGAAGAUGAUCAUAUACUGCGUGAAGAAGAAGUAGAGGAAUUGGUAGAAGAAGAAGAAGUAGAAGAAGAGGAAGAGGAAGAGGAACCAAUUGUCAGAGUGUCGGAAACAUACAUAUUGAUUCCUGGGGUUCAUAACCGAUCGAGGAUAUAUGUUGACAACUUGGGAUUCAAGUAUUACAAACGAGAAACUCGUGGACAACGGGUGUAUUUAGUAUGCGAACGGCAGAAGCAACGGAACCAGUACUGCCCUUCCACUGCAACUGUUAGUGCAAAUUUGAACGACAACAGAAUUCGUCUAGGGCACUACCACGACCAUCAGCCCAGAGUGAUCGACCUGAAUGUGCCGUUUUUGAGGGAAGCCAUAGGUGAAAGAGGAAUUGAUCCAGCAGUUACAACCUCAUUUAUGAGAACUUUGUACAACAACGAAAUUAUCAACCAUCCAGAAGCAGCUCCCAACUACACAUUUAUUCAGGCUCAAGAACGAGUGAAAAAGAUGAGACGUCGAAGAUUCCCGGCACAACCCCUUGAUAUUGGACAACUUGCAGUGGCACUGAAUGAAGCACGAAAUGCCAUUUACGCUCUUACAGUUCAAAAUCCUCCAUCUAGGUUCUUUCAACAAGCAUUGGUCGUCAAUGGAAGGAGUGUUGGUGUGAUCUUUGCGAACAUGGAUGCAGUCAACAAAUACAGAGAAGAAUUGGCCACUGUGACAUUGGUUGGGAUUGAUGGGACGUUCAAGACUGUGCCUCGUGUUCCAGCAGAUUUGAAGUGUUUCCUUACUAUCCAGGUGGUUUUUAAAAGUGUGUCCUUUCCAAUGGUCUAUGCUCUACUGGGGAGCAUGACUGAAGAAGUCUAUGCGGCUCUGUUUGAUAUUGUAAGAAAUAUUUUACCUUUGAAUUAUCAACGUGUUUGUUUUAUUACAGAUUAUGAAAAAGCUCUGAUGUCAGCCGUUCAACAAUCGUUUCCGGAAAGCCAAUUGAGAUGUUGUUGGUUCCAUUUUACUCAGUCAAUUGUACGGUAUUGUCACCGAAGGAUGAACAGUGUUUGUAAUUUAAUCCGUACGAACCCAGUAGCUGCUCGAGUUCUCAGAAUGGUUUUGGCUUUACCUCACCUGCCCGCAACCAGGAAUGACCCGCGCUGUCCAUUUUCCAUGGAGGAUGGUUUCGAUGCUAUCAUGGACUACACUAGACAAUUUCCUCCAAUUGAACGAUGUAUGAGAAACUUUCUAAUUGGGUAUGUGCAAUAUUUUUGGUUGUUACAGGUCGGUCCAGGUUUAAUCAGUUGUUUUGGAGAAGAAUAUAGAACCAACAACUACUUGGAGUCUUUCCACGCUACACUUCUAACCCAAAUGCAAAGACAUCCCAAUAUAUGGAAUUUUAUUCAAAAACUGACUGUCAUUGAAAAUCAGUAUUUCAUUGAAUUUGAUCAAGCCAGAAGAAACCUAAGGAUUAGAGAUGGAGCAUCAAGGAGGGAACGAGAGAACACUACCAUUGUCUUAGCAGGUUAUGUGCAACAACUUAACAGAGAUGGAGACCUCACAGGAUUUUUGAGAAGGGCUGGACACCGCAAUGAUGGAUAUGUACAAGGCAUAAUCGGACCAUAUCCACAAGAUCAGGAAGACGUAUUUUACUUGAUAUGAUUGUCGUCCGGUCGGUACCAUAUCAAUAUUUCACCUUAAAUUAGUAAUGAAAUGUAUAUUAUAUUUUAAUAAACAACUCAUUUUCAAAUAGC